AGCCUGUUUUCGCUGCGUCUGACAAAACGCCGCAUUCCGCUGGUCGCGAUUGGACGAUCAUGAUUCUCAAAGCGUGGCGCUCCCCAUCGGAUGGUGGCGAUCCCCGCGAUGUCCAGACCCUUACUUAUCAGGCACUCGUGAUAUUAAACUCUCACCUUUCCUCUACUCCUCCCAUGUUUUGUCCCAGGUACAUUUCACCCGGUGCAGCCGAGAAAGUCUAAAUUAUGGCUCCCGGGGUCUUACUGCAAUCUUCACCAUCGGAUUCGGAGCUUGAAGCUUCGAUCCCAGACAAAGUUCCUGCUACAUCCCUUGCUCAGCUUACAGAAGAUUGGGACGACACGAUCCGCUUUUAUCUCAAUGGCACAAAGGUCGUGCUCGACUCGUUUGAUCCGGAGAUUACUCUGUUGGAGUACCUGCGAGGUAUUGGCCUGACAGGAACAAAAUUAGGCUGCGCAGAGGGUGGAUGUGGUGCUUGCACGGUAGUUUCACAACUCAAUCCUACCACGAAGAAGCUUUACCAUGCUUCUGUAAACGCCUGUAUUGCGCCGCUGGUUAGCAUUGAUGGAAAGCACGUUAUCACUGUGGAAGGUAUUGGUAACGUCAAGAAUCCUCAUGCUGUUCAGCAGCGGUUGGCUAUCGGGAACGGAAGUCAGUGUGGCUUCUGUACUCCGGGUAUUGUAAUGAGCCUUUAUGCUCUCCUCAGAAACGACCCUCAACCCUCCGAACAUGCGGUAGAAGAGGCUUUUGAUGGAAACUUAUGUCGCUGUACUGGAUAUCGGCCGAUUUUGGACGCUGCACAGAGUUUUACAAGCCCUACAGGAUGUGGGAAAGCGCGUGCGAAUGGGGGCAGCGGAUGCUGCAUGGAGAAAGAAGACGGCGCGGGCGGAUGCUGCAAGGAAUCGUCGACCGAUGGCGCUGAUGAGGUCACACACAAGUUUGCGUCGCCCGAUUUCAUCGAAUACAAACCCGAUACCGAGUUGAUAUUUCCUCCGCCUUUGUGGAAACAGGAAUUGCGUCCCUUGGCUUUUGGUAACAAGCGGAAGAAGUGGUACAGGCCUGUUACCGUGCAGCAGCUCCUGGAGAUCAAGAGCAUUCAUCCCGACGCGAAGUUAAUCGGUGGGAGCACCGAGACACAGAUUGAGAUCAAAUUCAAGCAAAUGCGUUAUGGCGCGUCUGUUUACCUUGGAGAUCUGGCUGAACUCCGACAGUUCUCUUUCCACGAUGACCAUCUAGAGAUUGGUGCCAAUAUUUCGCUGACCGACCUUGAGUCUGUUUGCGACCAAGCCGUCGAGCGAUACGGUCCGAUACGUGGUCAACCGUUCGUCGCCAUCAAAAAGCAGCUACGCUACUUCGCCGGCAGGCAAAUUAGGAACGUCGCCUCACCAGCUGGUAAUCUGGCAACCGCGUCCCCAAUUUCCGAUCUCAACCCUGUAUUUGUGGCUACCAAUACCACACUUGUUGCCAGGUCGCUGGACAAGGAGACUGAGAUUCCCAUGGUCGAGUUCUUCAAGGGCUACCGCUCAACAGCCCUUCCGGCAGAUGCUAUCAUUGCGAGCCUCCGGAUUCCCGUUGCAGCGGAAAGUGGAGAAUACUUGCGAGCAUACAAACAAUCAAAGAGAAAGGAUGAUGACAUCGCGAUUGUAAACGCUGCCUUGCGCGUCUCUCUCUCCCCCUCGAACGAUGUUACGAGCGUGAACCUUGUCUUUGGUGGUCUGGCGCCCAUGACAGUAUCUGCCCGGAAUGCCGAACAGUUUUUGAAUGGGAAGGAGUUUACCGACCCGGCAACUCUUGAGGGCACAAUGGGAGCCUUGGAGCAGGACUUCGAUCUGAAGUUUGGUGUUCCAGGUGGAAUGGCAACUUAUCGCAAGUCCCUUGCGUUGGGCUUUUUUUACCGAUACUACCACGACGUCUUGGCCCAGCUUGAAGUCAAGAGUACCGACAUUGAUGAAAGCGUGAUCGCCGAAAUCGAACGAGCUAUCUCCACCGGCGAGAAGGAUCAAGAAGUUUCAGCAGCUUAUCAGCAAAGAGUCCUGGGCCGAGCAGGUCCUCACGUAUCAGCGCUCAAACAAGCUACUGGUGAAGCUCAGUACACGGAUGAUAUCCCUGUGCAAAAGAACGAACUAUACGGGUGUAUGGUCCUGUCGACAAAGGCACAUGCCAAGUUGUUGAGCGUUGACACGGAAGCCGCCCUGGAGGUUUCUGGAGUUGUUGAGUACGUGAAUCACAAAGAUCUCCCGUCUCCUAGGGCAAACUGGUGGGGCGCGCCCAAUUGCGACGAAGUCUUCUUUGCAGUCGACGAAGUUACCACGGCUGGACAGCCGAUUGGUAUGAUUCUGGCGACUUCGGCCAAGGCUGCUGAGGAGGGUGCUAGGGCCGUGAAGGUCGAAUAUGAAGACUUGCCUGUUAUUCUUACGAUUGAAGAGGCCAUUGAACAGGAAUCGUUCUUUGAGCAUUUCCGCUACAUCAGAAAUGGAGAUACUGAGAGCGCGUUCAAGGAAGCCGACCACGUCUUCGAAGGUGUGUCACGAAUGGGUGGUCAAGAGCAUUUCUACUUGGAAACGCAGGCUUGUGUGGCUAUACCUAAGCCUGAAGAUGGUGAGAUGGAAAUCUGGAGCAGUACACAAAACCCUACAGAAACACAAUCAUAUGUCGCACAGGUUACCGGCGUGGCAGCCAACAAGAUUGUCUCAAGGGUCAAACGCCUUGGUGGUGGCUUCGGUGGAAAGGAGACCCGCUCUGUCCAGCUAGCCGGCAUUUGCGCUACUGCUGCGGCGAAGACAAGACGGCCAGUGAGAUGCAUGCUCAAUCGUGAUGAGGAUAUUGCGACUUCAGGGCAGCGUCAUCCGUUCUACUGCCGGUGGAAGGUCGGUGUCUCUAAGGAGGGCAAGCUCCUUGCACUCGAUGCGGACGUAUAUGCGAACGGCGGCCACACCCAAGAUCUUUCUGGUGCUGUUGUAGAGCGCAGUCUGUCGCACAUUGACAAUGUGUACAGUAUCCCGAAUAUGUACGUCCGCGGCCGCAUCUGCAAGACGAACACCGUCUCAAACACUGCCUUCCGUGGCUUCGGUGGCCCUCAGGGUUUAUUCUUUGCCGAAAGUAUCAUCUCCGAAGUCGCCGAUCAUCUCGACAUGCAGGCAGAGGAGCUGCGGAUACUAAACAUGUACGAACCCGGCGACAAGACGCAUUUCAACCAAGAACUCAAGGACUGGCACGUACCAUUGAUGUUUGAUCAAGUCCUGGAGGAAAGCUCUUAUCUAGAGCGCCGGAAGGCCGUAGAGGAAUACAACCGAACACACAAGUGGUCAAAGCGCGGGAUGGCCAUUGUCCCAACUAAAUUCGGUAUCUCCUUUACGGCUUUGUUUCUCAACCAGGCCGGUGCCCUAGUCCACAUCUACCACGAUGGCAGUAUCCUUGUUGCCCAUGGUGGAGUCGAAAUGGGACAGGGCCUGCACACGAAGAUGACCAUGAUUGCAGCCGAGGCACUUGGCGUACCACAGUCCGACGUCUUCAUCUCCGAAACGGCCACCAACACCGUUGCCAACACCUCAUCAACCGCUGCCUCAGCCAGUUCCGACCUGAACGGCUACGCUAUUUUCAAUGCCUGCGAGCAACUCAACGAGCGUCUUCGCCCUUAUCGCGAAAAGAUGCCCAACGCCACUAUGAAAGAGCUUGCCCACGCAGCGUACUUUGACCGUGUGAACCUCUCCGCACAGGGCUACUACCGCACCCCCGACAUCGGUUACGUAUGGGGCGAAAACAAGGGCCAGAUGUUCUUCUACUUCACCCAGGGAGUUACAGCCGCCGAGGUCGAAAUUGACACACUCACCGGCGACUGGACGCCCCUUCGCGCCGACAUCAAGAUGGACGUCGGUCGUACAAUCAACCCAUCCAUCGAUUAUGGUCAGAUUGAGGGCGCCUACGUCCAGGGCCAGGGUCUCUUCACAACAGAGGAAAGUCUCUGGCACCGCGGCUCUGGCCAAAUCUUCACCAAGGGACCGGGUAACUACAAGAUCCCUGGUUUCCGUGAUAUCCCCCAAAUCUUCAACGUUAGUCUCUUGAAGGACGUGGAGUGGGAGAAUCUGCGCACGAUCCAACGGUCUCGCGGUGUGGGAGAGCCGCCUCUAUUCAUGGGUAGUGCGGCAUUCUUUGCUAUUCGCGAUGCACUCAAGGCCGCGAGGAAAGAAUGGGGUGUUACAGAUGUUUUACGGCUGGAGAGUCCUGCCACACCUGAGAGAAUCAGAGUUAGCUGUGCAGAUCCGAUUAUUGAGCGGGUUCGUGUUGUGCCCAAGGAGGGAGAGAAGAGUUUCUUUGUUGCGAUUUGA